UUGUUAGAUGCAGCCACACUGCGUAGAAUAUAUAAACAAAUAUAAUCAUUGCGUAAAAAAUGAGAAUGCGCGGGUGAAUCAUCGACAAUUACUAAUAUAUUUUAACUCAUGUGUCAAGUGCGGUUAACUCUUAGCAUAACAGCCAAAUAGCUGAGCACAAAAAAGGAUUAUAAAUAUGUCAAUGGACGCGGACGCGGGCGCGGAUCGAACGAAAUUAGUAACGGAAUGUGCGCAAUUGCUGGAAUUUAAAGAAUUUUUGUCCACAAAAGCCAUAAGCAGCGAACUGACCUCUGGCAACGAAUUAACUCGAAAUAUUAGUUGUGUAACGCGCAGCAGCAAUGACACCUACAAAGUAAAUGGCGACGAAAUACGAGCGGAAAUUGUUUCAGCCGUUUGGAAACAACUUUCCACCCGGGGCUGUCCGAGCAGCUUUCAAUUGAAGCUCCUUCAUUUGGCCACCUCUCAGCUAGAGCAGGAGAUAAGCCAUGCCAAGGAGCUGGAGCUGAAUGAGGCAGACGGCAGCGAGCCACAAUAUGAUCUUUUGAAAUUACAGAAGUUUGUCAGUCAACAGCUGGAGAAGCUGUUGCUUAAGCUAACAGACAAUGCCGCCAUGGAAAAAUUGCAGAUCUAUGCAGACGAUAAUGUGCUGUGCAACGAAGCCUCGAGCUGCGCAUGCGCCUUACAGCCAGCAGCACCAUCGCACAGUGUAGCAGCUGUUAAGAAUAAGCCGCGCAAAAUGGAAGAUCGGCAUGUGUGCCUGGAGCGUUUUGGUGAAAUGUAUCAGCUAGAGGGUCACAAGGAUUGCCGUUUCUUUGGCGUCUUCGAUGGGCAUUCGGGCGCGUUAUCCGCCACCUAUGCAACCAGUCAAAUACCCCAAUUGUUGGCCAAGCAAUUGCAGCGAGUGCGAACGAACGGGGAAAACACUGUAGACUUCUAUCGCAAUGCAUUCGAGGCGGCUUUUUUGCAGGCGGACGAACGUUUUGCCCGCAAACGCAUCACCAGCGGCACAACUGCCGUCUGUGCCCUGAUCGUGAACGAACAACAGUUGUAUAUCGCUUGGGUGGGUGACUCCAAGGCUUUGCUUGUGGGUAAACGCACUCAGCUGCAGCUAGUCAAGCCACACAAGCCGGAGGCUGUGGAUGAAAGGCGUCGCAUUGAAUUGAGCGGCGGCAGCGUCAUCCAUGCCCAGGGCCAAUGGCGUGUCAAUGGCAUCUUGAAUGUGGGUCGCUCCAUUGGCGACUACAGCCUGGAGGCUGUCAUAGCUGAGCCCGAUUUUGUCGAUGUGCAGUUGAGUGAAGCGCAUGAUUUCUUGGUUAUGGGCAGCGAUGGGCUCUGGGAUCAUGUACCCGAAUCUUUCAUUGUGGACACCGUUUAUCAGUGUUUAGCGGAGCCGACCACCCAACUCGAAGACAUUCCCAAAUUGCUUGUGGAGGCUGCCAAGGAUAAGGAUUCGCAGGAUAACAUAACCGUCAUCCUCAUCCUGCUCAAGAAGCGCGACCAAAUCGUUCGACGUUAGGCAAUUAAAAAAAUGUUGUUUCCAACUUAUAAUUAAUUGAUUAUUCUUAUAGUUAUUCUGCAUUUGUUGUCUGUUUACCACACACAUAUUUUACAUUAUUAUUAUUUUUUAAAUAUUGUUCUUUGCCUGUAAAUAACUUUAAGCUCGCUUAAUUUUUCUCGCUUCGAUUCAAUCACAUUCGCCUGUGCCUCUCGAAUAAGCUAAACAUUUUG